AUGCCGAUCGGACGGCCAUCGCGAGGCGUGCCGGGUAGCGUGUGUCACCCCGCCGCGAGGCGAGGCGGCGCCGUGGUGCGCACGUCGCUGUGGGACGCCGUGCAAGGCAGCGGCAGUGGCGAGGGCGGGGGGCAGCAGCAGUGGGGGCUGGCAGUGUCAGGGGAACAGCCGCUGGGGUACAGCGAUGAGGAGGGCGAAGGCAUCGUGCCUCUUACUGACGACGCAGAGGCGUUCGGCCCUGAGGCGUUGCUGCUGCUUGGCUUGACACCUGACGAGAUUGACAAGGUUCGAGCAGCGCUGGACGAAGCAGAGGCCAGCUUCAUCUCGCUGCUAUCAGCAGACGAGUCAGUGGCGGACGUCACUCUGUGGGACGCCAUGGAGCGGGCCGCCCAGCCCUUCCCCUCCGUGCCCGCGCCCUCUGUAGCCGCUGCCCCGCAGCCACAGGCGAGUGACAGCAGCAGCGUGUGGCCCAACAACGUGGGCGAGCGGGUGUGCAUCGUGUCGGGGCUGUCAGGCAUUGAGAUCAUGGACCUUGUUGAAAUCAUCAGCAGCCUCGACAUCCCGCCCAUGGUGUACGCAGCCAUGGUGCCCAAGUCUGCAGCCAGGCCGGUGAGGGAGGUGGUGGAGGAUCUGGUGGCAGACCACCGCCUGCUGUACAGCCAGUCUGAGUGA